GGCGCCUUCAAGAGCUACACUGAAAAGGAAAUUAUUCCCCUUAGCCCAGCGCUGUGUGUAGUUGUGGAGGGGCAAGCUCCAAAUCGCACAUGCUUCCAGCUCCAUUUCCCUCUCAACGCCCUCUUACUACUGCAUUGCUUACCCGUGCUUGAGAAAGCAACUGCAAUCCGAGGCCACAACAUUUCCUUUUCGAUAUCUCCUUUUUGGCGCCGCACUAGACCUUUCUCUGGUCUUUUUACAUCACCUUCAGACGUGGGGUUCUCUUCGAUUCCUUUGCCACAAGACCUUUUAUGUCCACCUGGAGUUCGUCAUGACAGACACAAAGGCUGGCGACGUCAGCCAAGAGAGAAAGGAUGACUCUCCGGAGAAGCAGAACCAGGUGCCAGUGGAAGACUUUGCCGAUGUGCCUGACCCGGAUGAAGACGACCUUGAUGAUUUGGACGAUAUGCUUGACGAGUUCUCAACUGUGAAACUCGAUGAGAAGAAAACAGAAGUACUGUCGGAGCCUAGCCAGCCAACUGUAGCCGGUGCCGCAGAGGGAGUGAAGAUGCCGAGUAUGGACGACAUUCUGUCCGAUGAUGACUUCGCAAAGCAACUCCAAGCUGGAAUGGCCGAUCUUCUAGGCGAAAUAGAAAACUCGACGGAGAUGAAAGCACAGUUCGAGAGCAUUUUCAAAGAACUGGACGGGGCUGCGGCCGCGGCCGCUGCCCCAGCCACUGAUUCGGCGCCAGCUUCGCCAGCAGGGGCUUCCAGCAGUGCUCAAGCAGCGGAAGCGGCGGCCACAGAUGCCUCUUUCCAGGAUACCAUCCGCCGCACAAUGGAGCGGAUGCAGAACUCUGGCGAGCAGGCCACCGCUGCCGCCACUGCAGAGGGCUCGGAUGACUUUGUGGCAGAGCUCCUUAAGCAGAUGCAGGCCGGCGAUCUCGAGGGCGAAGGCAACGACGAGGAGCUUUCCAAGAUGCUCUUGGGGAUGAUGGAGCAGCUCACUAACAAGGAAAUCCUCUAUGAGCCUAUGAAGGAGCUGGACGACAAGUUCCCGGACUGGCUGGAAAAGAACAAGGAUAAAACCUCAAAAGAGGACCUGAAGCGAUACGAAGAACAGCAGGGCUUUGUUAGAGAAAUCGUCGCCAAGUUUGAGGAGCCAGACUACACAGAUGAAAAUGCCGCCUAUCGAGAGUAUAUCGUCGAUAGGAUGCAGAAGAUGCAAGCUGCUGGCUCUCCACCAGCAGAUCUAGUCGGGGACAUGCCUUCUGCACAAGAGGCAUUCAAUUCCCCAGAUGAAUCAUGUAACCCGCAAUGAAGGGCCAUUUGGGUUGGUGCUUGGUUUGCUGGAGACCCUUGUCCAGCUCUGAAUCUCAGAUACCUCGCGAAUUCUAAAGAUUAUACAUGGAAUUUCCAUUGCGUCAAAGCACCCCUGAAUCCCCCAACGCCGUGUCCCAUGAUACCUGAACUCCAGCCAGAUUUGAGGCCAAUGCAAUGCUUGAUACACAAUCCUAAG